UGAUCACAACAUCGCCCGGCGCUCCUCGUCACAUAACCUGCAUGCACAUCAGGUCGGCCGGCAGUCUGAGAGCGGCGUGCAGCUGACGAUGCCUUCCUCUGCGUGGCUGUGGGCGGCUUCUGCGGUGGCACUGACCGGCCAUCUUUUCUGCGCCGCAGCGUAUGAACGAACCGAGAGGAACUGCUCUCUGACUCCACCGUAUCUCCCCAGCACAGCAGUAAAUACUUCUAUCCAGCUGUGGGAGCUGCGAGCCCAAAUGCUGCCCCUGAAUGUCUCUGCCUACAUCAUUCCUGGCACUGAUGCUCACCUGAGUGAAUACAUUGCCCCACGUGACGCCAGGAUGGCCUAUAUGACUGGUUUUACAGGCUCUGCAGGCACUGCCGUUGUCACUCAGACCAAGGCGGCUCUGUGGACAGACAGCCGCUACUGGGUCCAAGCUGAGAGACAGAUGGACUGCAACUGGGAGCUGCAGAAAGACGUUUCCGUCAUCAGUGUGGCGGAGUGGCUCAUCUCAGAGGUACCAGCAGGAGGCAACAUCGGUUUUGACCCCUUCCUUUUCUCCCUCAAGACACAGGAGAACUAUGCCAUGAGUCUGGAGUCCAGCAAUCGAAUCCUAAAGUCCAUUCCUGUCAACCUGGUCGACCAGGUGUGGAAAGACAGACCUCAAGCCCCAGCAGACAGCCUCACCCGUCUGCCUGAUAGAGUCAUACAAAGGACUUGGCAGGAUAAGGUGGAGCAGAUACGGAGUCUGAUGAGGACCAAUCCAUACCAACCCACAGCUCUUCUGCUCUCAGCUCUGGAUGAAACAGCAUGGCUCUUUAAUUUACGUGGAAACGACAUUCCCUACAAUCCUUUCUUCUACUCCUACACACUUCUAACUUUAGAUGAGAUCUGGCUGUUUGUCCACACAAACAGAGUGACUGAGGAGCUGAAGGCGUACCUGAGCGCGUCCUGUAACGGAUCCCUCUGCGUGCAGCUGAAAAGUUACGACUCUGUUCGUCAGGAUCUGAUGGCCUAUGUCGCUCAGUCCGACGUUAAAGUGUGGAUUGGUACAGAAUACACAAACUACGCUCUUUAUGAGCUCAUAACACCUCAGGAGAAACUAAUUACAUCCUCCUACUCUCCUGUGUUGACAACUAAAGCUGUGAAAGACGAGACUGAGGAACGAAUACUGAGGGAAGCUCAUGUGAGGGAUGCGGUUGCUGUCAUCCAGCUGCUGAUGUGGCUGGAAAAGGUCGUCCCAGCGGGGAACGUGACCGAGCUGAGAGCUGCAGAAUAUGUAAACCACUGUCGCAGCAAACAGAAGGACAACCGAGGCCCGAGCUUUGAGACGAUCUCUGCAAGCGGACCGAACGCUGCUCUGGCCCACUACAGCCCGUCAGAAGGAACCAGCAGGAGGCUGACGGUUGAGGAGAUGUUCUUGGUUGACUCCGGCGGUCAGUAUCUAGACGGGACCACUGACAUCACCCGUACGGUUCACUGGGGGACGCCCACAGACAUGCAGAAGGAGGCGUUCACUCGAGUUCUCAUGGGAAAUAUUGAAAUAUCUCAAACUGUUUUUCCAUCAGGCACAAGCGGGGUGCGCAUAGAGAUGCUGGGCCGCCGGGCUCUGUGGGAGGUGGGCCUGAACUACGGCCACGGCACCGGUCAUGGAGUGGGGAACUACUUUGGAGUUCAUGAGUGGCCGGUUGGAUUUCAGAGCAACAACAUUCCCUUCAAAGCUGGCAUGUUCACGUCUAUUGAACCUGGAUAUUACAAGGAAAAUGACUUUGGCAUUCGGAUUGAAGACAUCGCUGUGACCGUUCCAGUUCAUACGAAGUUUGGGCACAACUUCCUGACAUUUGACACUGUGUCUCUGGUCCCAUACGACAGAAAACUCAUUGACACUUCACUCCUCAGUGCAAAACAGCUGCAGUGGCUGAAUAAUUACUAUGAGAUGAUUCGUCGGCUGGUGGGCCCUGAGCUGGACAAGCAGGGGCUGCAGGAGGAGAAGGACUGGAUGCUGAGAAACACCCAGCCUUUCACCGAGGCUGGAUCCUCCGCCUCCGUCUGUUCCUCCUCCCUGACGCUCAUCGCUCUGGUUUUCGCCCUGCUCCACAUCAUCUGAGCGUCUCCUCCCACCGCACUCCUCAGCAGACUUGCACUCAAAAGUUAUCCCUAUGCAGUCUCUACCGAGCAGCUACACCAGGUUGACAGAUGCACAGAAAUUUAUAAUUUUUUUAAAUUUUAAAUUGUAAAAUAUAUUUAAUAAUUUAAAAUAUGUGAGCAAAUAUAUUAUCUUUUGUGUUUUUUAAUAUUUAAAAUUAUAUUUUGUGAUUUUCUUUUUUCUUUUUUGAUGUUAUAGUUUGAGGUUUUAAACUGGGCAUUUGUAUGACCAGCUAAUAUAAUGUAUAUUUUAAUAAAGUGUCACACUUUGAAACGACGACGACUGA